CGCGGCACCGCGAACUGAAGAGCCGGGCGGCGGCCCGACCUCUCCCGGCCCGGCAAGUGGAACAGGGCCGCCUCCAGCCCCAUGAGGACCCCCAGGCCGGAGCUGAGAGCCUGGCGCAGCCCGGACCGAAAUCUUGCGGCGGCCUCGGAGCGUUAGACAGGAUGCGGCUGGGCCGCCGGGCCCUCUGUGUGCUGGUCCUGCUGCUCGCCUGCGCCUCGCUGGGGCUCCUGUACGCGAGCACCCGGGUCGCACCGGGCCUCCAGGCACCUCUUGCGCUGUGGACGCCCCCGCAGGGCAACCCCAGGCCAGAAUUGCCAGGUCUUGCCCCCGAGUCCCGGUACGCACACAUCCCAGUCAGGAUCAAGGAGCAAGUGGUGGGGCUGCUGUCCAGAAAAAACUGCAGUUGUGAAUCCAGUGGGGGGAGCCUUCACCUCCCCUUCCAGAGGCAGGUCCAAGCCAUUGACUUCACCAAGGCCUUUGACCCUGAGGAGCUGAGGGCUGCGUCUGCCUUGAGGGAGCAGGAGUUCCAGGCCUUCCUUUCAAGGAGCCAGUCUGCUGCUGACCAGCUGCUCAUAGCCCCUGCCAACUCCCCACUACAGUACCCCCUGCAGGGUGUGGAGGUCCAGCCCCUCAGGAGCAUCUUGGUGCCAGGACUGAGCCUGCAGGCCACUUCUGGUCAGGAGGUUUACCAGGUGAACCUGACUGCCUCCUUGGGUGCCUGGGACGUGGCAGGGGAAGUGACUGGAGUGACUCUCACUGGAGAGGGGCAGCCAGAUCUCACCCUCGCCAGCCCAGGGCUGGACCAACUCAAUCGGCAGCUGCAACUGGUCACUUAUAGCAGCCGAAGCUACCAGGCAAACACAGCAGACAUAGUCCGGUUCUCCACCGAGGGACACGAAGUUGCCUUCACCAUACGCAUAAGACACCCACCCAGCCCUCAGCUGUACCCACCUGGGUCUCUACCCCUGGGAGCCCAGUACAACAUCAGCGCUCUGGUCACCAUUGCCACUAAGACCUUCCUUCGUUACAAUCGGCUACGAGCACUCAUCGCCAGCAUCCGCCGCUUCUACCCGACAGUCACAGUGGUAAUCGCCGACGACAGCGACAAGCCAGAGAGCAUUAGAGGUCCCCACAUCGAGCACUAUCUCAUGCCUUUUGGCAAGGGCUGGUUCGCAGGCCGGAACCUGGCCGUAUCUCAAGUAACCACCAAGUACGUGCUGUGGGUGGACGACGACUUCGUCUUCACGGCGCGGACACGACUGGAGAGGCUUGUGGACGUGCUGGAGCGAACGCCGCUGGACCUGGUGGGGGGCGCGGUGCGCGAGAUCUCCGGCUUCGCCACCACCUACCGGCAGCUGCUGAGCGUGGAGCCCGGCGCGCCAGGCCGCGGGAACUGCCUCCGGCAGAAGCGCGGCUUCCACCACGAGCUCGUCGGCUUCCCAGGGUGCGUGGUCACCGACGGCGUGGUCAACUUCUUCCUGGCGCGCACUGACAAGGUGCGCGAAGUCGGCUUUGACCCGCGCCUCAGCCGCGUGGCGCACCUGGAAUUCUUCCUGGAUGGACUUGGUUCUCUUCGGGUGGGCUCCUGCUCAGACGUUGUUGUGGAUCAUGCAUCCAAGUUGAAGUUGCCUUGGACAUCAAAGGAUGCUAGGGCAGAGACUUAUGCUCGGUACCGUUACCCGGGAUCACUGGAUGAAAGUCAGGUGGCCAAACACCGCCUGCUCUUCUUCAAACACCGGCUCCAGUGCAUGACCUCAGAGUGACGGCCACUCGGGGCCUUCCAACUGUCAGGAAUAUCUAGCAAACCCCACCAGCCAGUGACCACUCCACUGACUGUCCCCAAUCUCCUUCAGAACUUGAUCCCAAAUAGGGGCUUGUCCUGGUGACAUUCCUCCUUUCUGCGAGUGCCCGGGGGCAUGAUGGAGCCAUAACUCAUCCCACAGCCAGUGCCAAGUCCUCCCCCCACCCCCUUCCCAUAGGGCAGGAAGUUGGGGGUUGCUUUCCAAGUGCCAAAGAGCCCACGGGGACUCUAAAAACCUAAAGCGGAAACACUCUCCUCUCAUCUCCUUGGGACCAAGGGGGUGGGGAAGCCCCCAGUAUAUAUUCCCAGGGCUGGGCCUCCCUCGCGUCCCUGGAUCCAAGACUCUGUGCAGCGACUGCAGCCCCACCCCAUGGAGAGAACUGGUGAUGGGAGCUGGUUGUGGGGACCAGUGAACAUACAGGUGAAAGCCAUUUUCAGUUGUGUCUCUGCAAUGCUGUGCGCACGGAGGAACGGGGCACCAAGGGUCUAUGUGCGGACACCCAGACUCACUUCAUGAACCUCAGAGGCUCUCAGCUUCGUUUUAUUAGUUACAUUAAGUAAGGGGGCUCAGGGACCCUGGCUCUCCUCACACACAUGCUGUUGGGACCCUCCACACUCCACGUGACCGGGUCAGACCCACACUGUGCAAGUCUUUGGACCAGUGAGCUCCUGGAAAAGGGAAGGGACAUGUCAGAAGUAGAUUAGGUGCCCCCCCCCCUCCCUCACCCAAGAUUUGGCAGUCCUCUCAGGGGUUUACCGCCUGCUUUGGAACCUUAGUUCCUCAGUUCUUCACCCACAGCUGGGCCCAGUCUCCCUGGUUGAGUCUUAUAUAGA